GCGCAGGCGCACUCCCCGUGUGCGCGCCUCUCGCCGCCGCGCUUCCAUCCCGGAUCCUUUGCCGCAGCGUCAGCGUAGCUCCCGCCGCCUCUUUCCCUCCUCCUCCUCCUCGGCCUACGCCUCCUCUUCCUCCUCCGCCUUUUCCGCCCGCUCCUCCUCCUCCGCCUCCCCAACACUACGCCCGCAGCCCGCGCCGAGCCCCGGGCCGCGCGGUGCCAUGCUGCCCCGGCGGCGGCGCUGAAGGAUGGCGACGCCCGUCCCUCCGCCCUCCCCGCGGCACCUGCGGCUGCUGCGGCUGCUGCUCUCCGGCCUCGUCCUCGGCGCAGCCCUGCGCGGUGCCGCCGCCGGCCGCCCGGAUGUGGCCGCCUGUCCUGGGAGCCUGGACUGCGCCCUGAAGAGGCGGGCACGGUGCCCCCCGGGUGCACAUGUCUGUGGGCCCUGCCUUCAGCCCUUCCAGGAGGACCAGCAAGGGCUCUGCGUGCCCAGGAUACGCCAACCUCCGGCGGGGGGCCCACCCCAGCCCAGACUGGAAGAUGAGAUCGACUUCCUGGCCGGGGAGCUAGCCCGGCAAGAGGUGGGGCCCUCGAGGCUCACGGCCCCGCCCCAGCCUGGGGCGCGACAGCGGCUCCUGGAGCCUGCAGCCGCCUUGGGGCUCUCAGAGCGCGGCCAGGGCUCCGACCUGGACCUCCCUUCCACUCUGGGAGUCCCCGGGCCCACGCCCCACACCUCUUUGGGCUCCCCCGUGUCGUCUGGGCCAGUGCACAUGUCCCCCCUGGAGCCCCGGGGCGGGCGCGGUGACGGCCUCGCCCUCGUGCUGGUCGUGGUGUGCUCCGUGGCUGGCGCGGCCGCCCUCGCCGUGGCCGCUCUCUGCUGGUGCAGGCUGCAGCGGGACGCCCGCCUGACCCAGAAGGCCGACUACGCGGCGCCGCCGGCGCCCAGCUCCCCGUCAGCGCCAGGGACCUCGCCCGGGGACCAGCGGCUGGCACACAGCGCCGAGAUGUACCACUACCAGCACCAGAGGCAGCAGAUGCGGUGCCUGGAGCGGCAUAAAGAGCCGCCCAAGGAGGUGGACUUGGCCUCGUCGGACGAGGAGGACGAAGAUGGCGACUUCACGGUGUACGAGUGCCCGGGCCUGGCCCCGACCGGAGAGAUGGAGGUGCGGAACCCGCUGUUCAACCACUCCUCCCUGUCGGCGCCCCCGCCCUCGCUGUCUGAGCCCCCGCCGCAGUGACCCGAAGGCUGGCACCCACCCUCUUGGACCACGGGGCCCACCGGUGGGGAGGGGCAGGGCCCGGCGUUUACCAUUAAAGAGAGCGCGUUCUGACA